AUGGCGAUGACAAAUACAGCCAGAAUGACGCGGAAUACCAUAGCCCGCGAUGGGGGUGAGUAUCUCGCUAUGCUCUCCCCUACUGACCGGAGUAAAAGUAAUGGCGUCUUCCAAAUUCAGUUACACGGCGACGGUCCUGAGCUAGAGCCCUGUCAGAACGGAUUUGUCUGGGCUGCGACAAAUAUCUACGACAGCGACUCGGCCCUUAAUAUUCGGGUAGAGGAUAUAUGGCUUGCUAUUCUGGCACAGCUAAAAACCCAGAUCUUAUAUCGCUUCCGGAUUACGAAACCUACAACUAUCCCAACUUUUACUCCAGAAGAACUCAAUAACCCAACCGAGGUGGCGAACCGCUUGUCCAAUAUGGUCGAAACAGCACUUAAUGAUCUUUUGGCGGGAGUUCUUAUGCCCGAUUUCAGCCAGACCACGCCCGAGGACACCGUUUCGGCCGCUCUCUUACUACGCGGCAAAUAUUGCCCAGCUCGACAACAUCGGACGUUAAGUGACAAGAAUACUCGCUCUCCCAAGAGGGGGAUAUUUAUAGGAGAACCGGCAGACUGGGACCGACUGCGUGAAAAGUUGGCGGCAAUCAGACGCUUGAGGAAGGAGAUGGAGGCACCGGUUAACCGCCAUUUACAUUUCCUGGACAGAAUGCUACAAGCUGGAAAGUAUCAUCAUGACGAUGCUUUCGUUGCAGCUGAUGAUACGGACCCGAAACGGUAG